AUGACCGGAACACAUCAGCCCCUGUCAGGAAAAGUUGCCCUUAUUACAGGUGCGGCACGAGGCAUCGGCAAAGGCAUUGCUCUUGAACUGGCCGAAAGGGGAGCUGCGGUAGCCAUCAACUAUUCGCGUAGCUCAGCCCAGGCCAUUGAACUCGUUCAGGAGAUUGAGGCAACCAACGCUCGAGCCGCCUCAUUUCAAGCAGACUUGAAUAACCUCGAUGAUAUCAAUAAACUUUUUGCUGAGGUCAUUGCUCAUUUCGGUCGCCUUGAUAUUGUGGUAUCCAACGCAGGCCAAGAGAAAUUCCUUCCCCUGGCGGACACUACCCAGGCCGACUUCGAGGAAAUUUUCAACCUCAAUACCCGUGCUCAAUUCUUCGUUGCCAAGAAUGCUCUACAGCAUCUCCAGCCCGGUGGACGCGUUGUCUUGAUGUCGUCGAUUGCUGCAGGCGUCGGAGUGGCUGGACAUGCUUUGUAUGCUGGAAGCAAGUCCGCCGUGGAGGGAUUUACACGUUGCUUUGCAGCAGACUUUGGAAAAAAGAGCUGCACCGUCAACGCGAUCGCACCCGCUGGAGUGAAGACUGACAUGUGGGAUGCAAAUGCCUGGCGCUACGCUCCUGGGUGUGACCGCAGUUCCUCUCUCGAGGAAAUUGAGGCAGCGCUGGCCAGUGGAAGUCCGUUAAAGCGAUGCGGUGUUCCCAGGGAUGUCGGUCGGAUCGUGGCCUUCCUGGCUAGCCCCGAAAGCGAAUGGAUCAACGGCCAGAUACUUCCCGUGAAUGGUGGUGCCAAUAUUUGA